AUGGCUCUAAGGACAGGAGUUCGUAAUUUCAGCAUGCUACGAGAGAUUCUUAAGCAACCUGCAUUCAUCAAACCAUUGAAAGAACAUUUGGACCACACCGAUCAAGAAGGAAAACCUGGUGCUUUAUUGCAACCAAUGAAAUUAGAUAAUCCUCACAAACUGGCAGCCAAGAUGGUGAUAUUCAUGUGCCUCAGUUUCUUCCAGCCUUUUGUGAUUACAUAUAUGCACAUUAAAGGAUUAGAGUGGUACUUUGCCAUUAUUACUUUAUAUACCAUUCUGUGCAAAUAUUUGUUUUGUUUUGGCUUAUUUAGACUCAGUAUAUGUUAG